GGGCCGUGGCGUCUCCAGGUCAUAGUAGCCCUAGAAAUCUGGGUCUCCGUCGCGGCGGCGCCGUUCUCAUUCGUCGGGGAGCUCCGGGCGCCCCGUGAUCAGGGGACCCCCCUCAGCGGCGUGGUCUGCUCUGCACGCAUGCGGCCGCCGCAAGGCGCGCGGGGCACUCUGGGAGCGAGGAGUGCGGCGGGGCCCAUGCAGGACGCGGAGAACGUGGCGGGGCCCGCGGGGGCCGACGAGCCAGGCCAGCAGGCGCCCAGCGAGCCCGCGGCGGACGAGCCCGUCAGGCCAGAGCCGGCGGGCGGCGCGGAGGAGGCGGACGAGCCUGGGACACCUUCCCCGCCCGCGGAGCCCCCGGUCGCCACCCCCGAGCCGGCCGCCGAGCUGCCCAGGGACGCGGCGCCCGAUCCCCGGCCGGACGGAGACGCGGACGAACCCUCGUUUAGCGACCCCGAGGACUUCGUGGAUGACGUGAGCGAGGAAGAGCUCCUGGGAGAUGUGCUCAAGGACCGGCCCCAGGAGGCGGACGGGAUCGACUCAGUGAUCGUGGUGGACAACGUCCCUCAGGUGGGGCCCGACCGCCUGGAGAAGCUCAAGAACGUCAUCCACAAGAUCUUUUCCAAGUUCGGGAAGAUUAUCAACGACUUCUACCCGGAGGAGGAUGGCAGGACGAGAGGGUAUAUCUUCCUGGAGUACGCCUCCCCCACACACGCCGUGGACGCUGUGAAGAACGCCGAUGGCUACAAGCUAGACAAACAGCACACCUUCCGGGUCAACCUCUUUACUGACUUCGACAAGUACAUGACCAUCAGCGAUGAGUGGGACAUCCCAGAGAAGCAGCCGUUCAAGGACCUGGGCAACCUCCGCUACUGGCUGGAGGAGUCUGAGUGCCGGGACCAGUACAGCGUCAUCUUUGAAAGUGGUGACCGCACGUCCAUCUUCUGGAACGACGUGAAGGACCCCGUGUCCAUCGAGGAGAGGGCGAGAUGGACAGAGACCUACGUGCGCUGGUCCCCGAAGGGCACCUACCUGGCCACCUUCCACCAGCGCGGCAUCGCCCUGUGGGGUGGUGAGAAGUUCAAGCAGAUCCAGCGGUUCAGCCACCAAGGCGUGCAGCUCAUCGACUUUUCCCCGUGCGAGAGGUACCUGGUGACCUUCAGCCCCCUGAUGGACACCCAGGACGACCCACAGGCCAUCAUCAUUUGGGACAUCCUGACCGGGCAGAAAAAGAGAGGCUUCCAUUGUGAGAGUUCAGCCCACUGGCCCAUCUUCAAGUGGAGCCACGAUGGCAAGUUCUUUGCCAGGAUGACAGUGGACACGCUCAGCAUCUACGAGACGCCCUCAAUGGGCCUCCUGGACAAGAAGAGCUUGAAGAUCUCGGGCAUCAAGGACUUCUCCUGGUCCCCGGGGGGGAACAUCAUCGCCUUCUGGGUGCCCGAGGACAAGGACAUCCCGGCCAGGGUGACGCUCAUGCAGCUGCCCAGCCGCCAGGAGAUGCGUGUGCGGAACCUGUUCAACGUGGUGGACUGCAAGCUGCACUGGCAAAAGAACGGGGACUACCUGUGUGUGAAGGUGGACCGCACACCCAAGGGCACGCAGGGCGUCGUCACCAACUUUGAGAUUUUCCGGAUGCGGGAGAAGCAGGUCCCCGUGGACGUGGUGGAGAUGAAAGAGACCAUUAUCGCCUUCGCCUGGGAGCCCAACGGGAGCAAGUUUGCAGUGCUGCAUGGGGAGGCCCCUCGAAUCUCCGUGUCCUUCUACCAUGUCAAGAGCAAUGGCAAGAUCGAGCUUAUCAAGAUGUUUGACAAGCAGCAGGCAAACACCAUCUUCUGGAGCCCCCAAGGGCAGUUUGUGGUGCUGGCUGGGCUGAGGAGCAUGAACGGCGCUCUGGCCUUCGUGGACACCUCGGACUGCACCGUCAUGAACAUUGCUGAGCACUACAUGGCGUCCGACGUGGAGUGGGACCCCACUGGGCGCUACGUCGUCACCUCUGUGUCCUGGUGGAGCCACAAGGUGGACAAUGCGUACUGGCUGUGGACGUUCCAGGGCCGCCUGCUGCAGAAGAACAACAAGGACCGAUUCUGCCAGCUGCUGUGGCGGCCUCGGCCCCCCACCCUGCUGAGCCAGGACCAGAUAAAGCAAAUCAAAAAGGACCUAAAGAAAUACUCCAAGAUCUUUGAGCAGAAGGAUCGCCUGAGCCAGUCCAAAGCCUCCAAGGAACUGGUGGAGCGCCGGCGCACCAUGAUGGAGGACUUCCGCAAGUACCGCAAGAUGGCGCAGGAGCUGUACCUGGAGCAGAAAGCUGAGCGGCUGGAGCUGCGUGGAGGUGUAGACACGGAUGAGCUGGACAGCAAUGUGGACGACUGGGAGGAGGAGACCAUAGAGUUCUUCGUCACCGAAGAGAUCAUUCCUCUGGUAGCACAGGAGUGACCUGAGCCGGUGGUGACUGCCGGCUGUCCCCUUACAGUGUGGCCGGGUGGCGUGAGGCACGGAGGCUGCCUCCUGCUGUUGUCUGCCUACCUGCUGCCGGCUCUGGCCCCUACGGCUCCAGCUCCACACUGCUGUGCCUUUCCCGGCGUCCACGCGGCCUCCACCCGGGCUCCCAUACAGCGCUGCCUUCCCGCAAGGUCUGUGGUCCACCCGACUGCCGGCGGGGCUGCAUCCCCCAAUGCCAUUCUGCCUGGCCUGGCGCUCGUUGAACAACAGAUUCUCAGAGCUGCUGAGGGAAUAAAGCAGAUCUGUGUGAA